CUCAAGUGUGUGCAUUGAAAGGAGUUUUUUACUCUGUGGUUGUUGGUUUGUUUGAUGCAAGAACUUUUCAGAGAAGAACUGAUAGUCUUUAUCGUGUAAACAUUUUGAUCAUGACAUAAAAGAACAAUGUUUGAGGACUGCCUUGUGAGGAACAAGACCAAUUUCAUUAUAUCGUAAGUAAGUUAUUUAUUUGUCAAGAUGGGACGCUCAUAAAGAAACUCGAUUCAAACAGGGUGGAAAAAUAAUGACAACUUUGAUCAUUUUAUGCGUCACGAUCGUUUCUGCUGUCCUUAUUGUCGUAGUUCUUAUUUCAUUUUUCCUGUAUCGACAAAGUGGCAAAUACGAUGUAAAAAAGGAAAAGUUUAUACCAAGUUAUGACAUCAUUAGCGCACACUCCAAUAAACUUCCUGUUGACGUUGUGGAAACAAGUGUAGGACAGGCCAUUUCCCCUGCAGCUCCUACACCAACAGAAUUCUUUGGUUCAAAUACAUUAUCCUCUCCAUCAAUCAGACCUCGUCUUACAACUCUUGUGUCUCGAACAUCAUUAACGUCAUCAUGUGACGAAAUUGAUCCAUCAAUGUACGAGAUCGAAACCAUCGAUGAUAAUCCAUUGGAACCAGUUAAGCUAGGAUCAAUUCAAUUCUCCUUACUUUACGAUUCAUUUCGAAACAUUUUGACUGUGACAUUACUGUCUGCCAAUGAUCUUGUUAAACCUAGAGAUACAGAGUCUAAAUAUCUUGAUCCAUAUGUGACAUUGUCACUUCAGCCAGAGUACCAUCAUCUUUUGCAGUCUAAAGUUCAACAGAAAACAAGAUCUCCAGUUUUUAAUGAGAAUUUCGAAUUUGAAAUUAUGUUGUCAAAUCUCGAGUCACAAACUUUGUGUUUCAGUGUGUUUAACUUUUUGACUGGUUCCCGCCAUUCUGUGGUAGGUCAGGUCUCCUUGCCUUUAGCCGACUUACAGGCGUCAGUAGAACGGACAUUUUCCCUGGAUCUGCAGCCAACGAAUCAGCGUAUGCAGCUCGGUGAAAUUUUGUUUUCUCUUGGUUACUUGCGAAUAGCUGGACGGUUGACGUUGAUUGUGAUGAAAGCUCGUAAUCUACCUUCCGCAGCGAGUGUUAAAGGAACAGAUGCUUAUGUUAAAGUAACCCUUAUUCAAAACGGACGUCGAACAAAAAAGAAAAAAACCUCGACAAAGAAAAAUAAACUUAAUCCUGUUUUCAACGAGGCCGUGUCAUUUGACAUUGCGAGCGAAAGCCUGGAUACCACUGAUAUUUUAUUGACAGUCAUUCAUGAUUGUAAGAUUAUUGGUUGUGUUCUUGUUGGUGCAAACACGAACGGCAAGGAAUCGGAUCAUUGGAGAAGAAUGAAAGUUUCAGAUAAACCAGUUGCAGAAUGGCAUGUCUUACAAGAUGGAAGAAAGUAUUACUGAGGUACGAGAGAAAAAUGUGUGUGUGUAUGAUCAGAAAGAAUGCCCAGGGAUUUGAAACAAUAUGUUUUAAAACUAUGAAAACCAUAGUCUUCUAAAGUUUAUGGUUUGAACAAAACGAUAGUUAGAUAGAAAUUGAUGGCAUGAAUUAACAAAAAAUAAUACAUUAUCGAAUAUAUAAAUUAAAUUAGCUCUUAUCGUGGAUUGUAAAAUUUCAAA